ACUAAUAUUUUUAAAAAUAUACAUUUAUAUAUUGAAUGAAAUUAUAAGAAAAGUGCUUAAAAAUAUCACAAUUGGAUAAGUAUUAUAUUUAAAUAAGUCUUUAUAGGGUUAUAACAUUUAAGAAAGUAAAAAAUAUAGGAAUGGAUCCAAUUUCGUUGCAUAUUUUAACAUCAAAGGUUAAUUUAGUAAAUGAUAUUAAAAAAAAAAGAAAAAAGGUUAUAGCAUAUUCUGAUUUUUCUUUAAAAAAAUCUUGUAAUCUACAAGACGAUGUUAUUUUUCACGGGGAAAAUUUUCAAAAUAAGAAAAAUGUGUUUUCUUUUUUAUUUAAAAACAAUAAAGAUUCAAAAAAAAUUAGUAAAAAUUAUCAAUCAUGUUCACAAAAAACGGAAGGAUUCCCUACGAAAACUUCUAUUCAAUUGAAAAAGCUGAAUUCUUUACGUUCUUCUCUUUUUUUAAAAUAUAUUAAAGUAAAAACUAAUCAUAAAUCUAAACAUAAUUAUCAUAAACUCUUUUUUGCGCAGGAACUUUAUAGUCCUUCAUCACUUAAAAGUCCAGUUUUGAGGGAAUCUUUAUCUUUUUCUGAAUUUAUUUCUUCUGAAGUUCCUAUAAAAAUUCCAUGUCAUAAAUCGGGUGCUAUUUGGGCUAUGAAAUUUAGCAAGGAUGGAAAAUAUUUAGCUACAGGGGGGCAAGAUAUGAUUUUAAGAGUUUGGAUGGUUAUAGGAGCAAAAGAUAGUUUUGAUAAUAAUAAAAAAGAUCGAAGACCAAAAACAAUUUCUGUUGAUGAAGACUAUUCAACUUAUAAGGAAUUACCAGCACCUGUGUUUUUUCCGGAUCCAAUACAUGAAUAUGUGGGUCAUAAAUUAGAUGUUCUAGAUCUAAGUUGGAGCAAAAACAAUUUUCUUUUGUCAUCAUCUAUGGAUAAAACUGUUCGACUUUGGCAUGUUUCUCGGAAAGAAUGUCUUUGUUGUUUUGAGCAUAAUGAUUUUGUAACAUCAAUUGCUUUUCAUCCUUUAGAUGAUAGGUAUUUUCUUUCUGGGUCUUUAGAUUGCAAGUUACGUUUUUGGAAUAUCAAGGAGAAAAAUAUACUUUUUUGGAAUGAGCUUCCGGAAUUGAUCACUGCUGUUGCAUUUUCUCCUGACGGACGUAUGGCUAUAGCAGGAAGUUUCAAUGGAUUAUGCAUGUUUUAUGAAACAAAAGGUUUACGAUAUCAUACUCAAAUUCAUAUUAAAAGUUCAAAGGGAAAGAAUUCUAAAGGAAGUAAAAUUACUGGAAUUGAGGCAAUUAGUAAUGUGUCAGAUAAUACUGGUGAUACCAAAUUAUUAAUUACUAGUAAUGAUUCUCGAAUUCGAAUUUAUAAUAUGCGUGAUAAAAGUUUAGAAUUUAAACUUAAAGGUAAUCAAAACACAUGUGGUCAAAUACGUGCUACAUUUAGUGAUGAUGCUAAACAUGUUAUAUGUGGAAGUGAAGAUAAACAAGUAUAUAUAUGGAAAUUGGAUAAUGAGUCUAUUGUAAAAAAAAAUGAACAAAGUUUGCAGCAUUUUGAAGUUGAUUCUAAUAUUAUAACUGUCGCAAUAUUUGCACCUAUAAAAAGUAAAGAUUUAUUGGUCGCUUCUGGUGAUCCUAUUUAUAGUUCUUGUAUGAAUUUUAGACGACCUUCUAAUUAUCACAAUAAUAAUAUAUCCAUUGUAUCAAAAUGUCAAUUUGAAAAUUUUUUUAUAAAUAAACCUAUUAAUGAGAAUUUGGGAAACUUAAACGAAAAUUCUGAACAUAAUCAUGGAGAUAUUAUUAUAUGUGCUGAUUAUAGUGGAAAAAUAAAAGUAUUUCGAUAUGAUUGUGCGUCUAUAUAUCGAGAAAUUGAUACAAUAAGUGAAAAGUCUAUAAAAAAAUAUAAAUUCUUUAAUUUAUUUAAAAAAAAUUGUAUACAAAUUUCGAAUUAA